UCGAAUUUGGAGCGGCAGAGGUAAAACUUUUUAGGUAUUGGCUACUUAUCAAACAACCAAUGAGUCGUAUGCUAUCCCCGUAAGUUAACUAUGAAACAAGAAAUCCCAUAACAUGACUGAUCUAUUCUGUACCUUCUCUGUGAGUAAUUCUGAUCAGUUGUAUAAAUGCAGUUACCGUCAGUAUUGAUAACAAUAAACAAAAUACAUAAAUACACGUGGGCAGCGGUAAAAGAUCGAAUAAAUAAGAAAAAUUUUUCAAACAAAAAAAAUAGUAUUCAUUAAUUCUACUAUAUGAGACGAUUUAAUGUAACUUAACAUGAUAUAAGAGUAUAUUUGUUUUUUAAGAUUUAUGUUUGGUAUCCAUUUUCUUUAAGAGUAGGUUAUGGAUUAAGCCAAAUCAAUUUUUACUAUAAAAUAAAAACAUUAAUAGAAGACGUACAUUAAGAAUUACUAUUAAUAUAAUUAUGAUGACAAUUUAUUCCACAAUAACAUAAAUUAUCAGAACAAGUAAUAAUUUUUAAUAUUAAAAUUUGAUCCAUGUAUCAUAACGUUUAGUGUUAUAAAAAUUGAAAUUCAAAAUGGUUAAAGCAAAGAAGAAGUUAUCAGAGAUUUCUCAGCAAAAGCGUAAUCAACAAAAUAAAAAAAGUUUAAAUCCAUUUGAAGUUCACAUAAACAAAGACAAACAAAAUGUUUUGGGAAAAAAGAGUAAAGCGGAUAAAGGACUUCCAGGAAUUUCACGUGCAAAAGCAAUAAAUAAGCGUAAAGGGACACUUCUUCAAGAAUAUAAAUUAAAGAACAAAGCUAAUCUGUUUUUAGAUAAGCGUAUAGGUGAAAAAAAUGUUAACAUGAAUGAAGAAGAUAAGGCCAUUGCCAGAUUUGCAGCAGAACGCAUGAGAGCUCAUAAAAAAAAGAGUAUCUAUAAUUUAAAUGAUGAAGAAAUAUUAACGCACAGAGGACAAACCUUAGAGGAAAUUGAAAAAUUUGAUGAUCCAAAAAGUGAUGAUGAGUUUAGUGAGGAUGAAAACAGAACUGGGAAAUUACAUGAUAAAUUUGUUGAAGAAGCUCAUUUUGGUGGUGGUGUUUUAUCAAAAUCAGGCUCUCAGAAAUCUAGAAAAGAUAUCAUAGAUGAACUUAUAGCUGAAUCGAAGAAAAGAAAAGCUGAAAAACAGAAAAUACGUGAACAAACUGUUGACUUAACAGACAAACUUGAUUCUGAAUGGAGAGAUCUUCUUCCAAUUAUAUCGACAGCUAACAAAGCUAUUGAAGAACCAGCUGAGAAAACCAAAGCUGAUGAUUAUGACAUAGCUGUACGUCAAUUGAAAUUUGAGGCCAAAGGUAUGCCAUCUGAUAAAUUAAAGUCUGAAGAAGAAAUAAUAAAAGAGGAAAAAGAGAGGUUGGAAGCUCUAGAAUUAGAUCGUUUAGCAAGAAUGAAAGGAUUUGUAAACAACUCAAAUAAUGAAAUUAAACACAAGUCUGCAGAUGAUCUUGAUGAUGGCUUUGUACUAGAAACUGUAGAUGAUGAAAUAAUGGAUAAUGAAGCCAAUUCAAUCAAGAAUACAGAAAAAAAAUUAAGUAAUGAAGAUGGUAGUGAUAUUAGUGAUACUGAAGAUGAUAAUGAUGACAAUAAUGAUGAUAAUGAUAAUAAUGAUAGUGACAAUACUGAUGAUUCACUGUCAAAUAAUAACACAGAAGAAGUAAUAAAUGAUGAUGAAAAUGAACAGUCACAUGCUGUUGAAAUAAAUGGCACUACUCAGAAAGAAGCAAGGACUAAUAAUUCUGCUGAAAGUGAAUUAGAUGAAAAUUCAAAUGUAGAAAAAUUUCAAAGCUCUGAUGAAGACAAUUUAUCAGAUUUAAAAGAAUCAGAAUCUUCUAGUGAAGAUGAAAAUGAAUUACAAAUGAAAGAUACUAUUGCUAUUCCAAAAGAAAAAUUAAGUCCAAAGUCAAAAAAUGAUACAGGAGUUCUCAAACUGGAUACCAAAACUAGAGAUCAAGAAAUUAGAAAUGAUCUUCUUAAGAGGAAAGAAAUUAUGGAAAAUGCAAGGAAAGAAUUACCUUAUACUUACAAAAUGCCUGAAACCUUUGAAGAAUUACAAAAAUUAUUACAGAAUCAUAAUGCUGAGUAUCAGUCACUUAUUGUAGAACGUAUUAUUAAAUGCAAUCAUUGGUCUUUAGACAAUAAGAACAAAGAAAAGUUAUCAAAUUUAUUUUUAUUUUUAUUACAACAUUUAAAUGACAUUGCUAUUGAGGAUAAUGUUGAAAGUGUGAUCAAGUGUUUUCAAAUUAUUGAUAGAUUGUCCCCAUUUUUGUAUGAUCUUGCACAUGUAAAUCCACAAAAUACUAAAAAUAUUAUACAGGCAAUAAUUAAAGAGAAGCAUGAAGAAUUCGAAAAAAACAAAAAGAGAUAUCCUGAUUUAGAUACGCUUAUUUUUUUCAAAUUAGUUUCUUUGAUGUUUCCAACAUCUGACUUUAGACAUGGUGUAACUACUCCUUGUUUAAUAUUUAUGUCUCAAAUACUGUUCAGAUGUCGUGUUAAAAACAAAGUGGAUAUCUCGAAAGGUCUUUUUAUAUGUACUCUUAUUUUAGAGUAUACUGUACUAAGCAAAAGAUUUGCACCAUCUGUGAUCAAUUUCUUGCGUGGAAUAAUAUAUGUAUCUACGCCAAAGCACUUAAUUCAAGGGAUAAAAAUGAUACCACCAUUUAAAACCGUUGGAGAUUUUAGUAACUUGUUAAUACUUUAUGAUGAUCAAAAUGAUUUAGAUAUUGACCUGAAUAUCACGUCCAUGAAAGCAAGUGAUUUAAUAGCUGGAGAAUUAGACAAUGAGUUCAAGAUACGAGCUCUUUUAACGGCUGUAAAUUUAUUGCACGAAUUUAAAAAUCAGCUUGAAGAACUUGAAGCUGUGUAUUCAAUAUUUGAACCAGUCAUUAAGUUACUUAAACCGAACACCUUUGACAAGUAUCCACAAACUGUGAGAAAAUCUGUUGAAAACUUACAGGAAGACUUGAAUGCAUUGAAAAAUAAGAAAUUAGAAUAUAUUGUGAUUGAAAAGAAAAAACCAAAACCAUUAAGAUUAUAUGAACCCCGAAUUGAAACAGUAUACGAUGGCAAGAAACCAAGAACUAUGUCCAAAGAGAAAGCAGAACGAGAAAAAUUAUUACAUAAAUACAAGAAAGAAAUGAAAGGUGCUAUGCGCGAAAUACGAAGAGACAGAGCUUUCUUAGCAAAACUUAAAAUAAAGGAACAGAUUAAGAGUGACGAUGAACGUAAACGUAAAGUGAGAGAAAUUUUUGGCGAAGCUGCUACACAGCAAAAUGAAUUAAAAAAGUUAAAAAGAAAGAAAUAACUUAUGGAAUAAGCUCUCCUACGCGAAUUUUAAUAUUCAUUUUUCGUAGUCAAAAUUAUAUUUAAAUAAUUUGUAAUAAACUCAUAAUCGCUAUAUUAGCGUUUUACAAAAUUAUAAUUUGAAAAUUUGAUUAAAUACAUUUCAAUUUCAAUAUUUCUAAUCAAUAACAAGCUUCCUUACAUUAUUCAUUUGUUACUAUAAUG